GGAAUUCGUUCAUCACCAUGUUUCGUUUAUCAUCGAUUCAUUCGAUUCGAAUUAACCGAAUUUUUUUAUCCACCGAUAAUAUUCGACGAUAUUAUCGUCGUGUUGUUGUUACUGGUAUUGGUCUAAUUUCACCAUUAGGUAUCGGUGUACAACAAUCAUGGACAAAUUUAUUAUCAGGUAAAUCUGGUAUACGAAAAAUUGAAAAAUUUGAUGCAUAUCCAUUAUCGAAUGAUAUACCAUGUCAGAUUGCUGGUUAUAUACCAAAUAUUGAUGAAUGUUUAUCCGAAACAUUUACACCGAAUCAAAUUCGAACAUAUUCUCGAUCAAGCCUGUAUACAUUGCUGGCUGUACAUGAAGCAUUACAAUCAUCAGGUUGGUCUGGACCAAAAAACGAUCAAGAAUCACAAAGAUGUGGUGUUGCAAUCGGUAGUGGUAUGGUCGAUUUUGAAGAUGUUAUCAAUGCUGGUGAUCGUUUACGAAAGAAUGGUUAUAAUCGGGUUAGUCCACAUUUUAUAACAAAAAUUCUAUUAAAUAUGCCUGCCGGUUAUGUUAGUAUGAAAUAUGGAUUUUGUGGCCCUAAUCAUUCAGUAUCAACUGCAUGUACAACAGGUGCACAUUCAAUUGGUGAUGCAACAAAUUUUAUUCGAUUAAAUCAUGCUGAUAUAAUGUUGGCUGGUGGUGUUGAAUCACCUAUUCAUCCACUGUCGAUAGCAUCAUUUUGUCGUAUUCGUGCAUUAUGUACCCGUUAUAAUGAUCAACCGGAUCGAGCAUCGCGACCAUUCGAUCAAGAUCGUUGUGGUUUUGUUAUGGGUGAAUCAGCUGCUAUUGUAAUGCUCGAAGAAUUGCAACAUGCCCUUGAUCGUCAAGCAACGAUUUUCGGUGAAAUUCAAGGUUAUGGCCUUUCGGCUGAUGCACAUCAUAUAACAGCACCAAGUGAAGAUGGUCGUGGUGCACGUUAUUCAAUGUUAAAUGCGUUAAAAAAUGCUAAUAUUGAACCCGAAAAUAUUGGCCAUAUUAAUUGUCAUGCAACAUCUACACCACUUGGUGAUCAAAUUGAACUGAUGGCUAUCAAACAAUUAUUUAAAUCAUCACUGUCAUCGUUAACGAUAACAUCGACCAAAGGAUCAACUGGUCAUUUACUUGGUGCAGCCGGUGCUGCGGAAACUAUUUUCACUUUACUUUCCUGUUAUCAUGGACAAAUUCCACCAACACUUAACCUAGAUAAUCCUAUUGAUAAUGAAGUAAAAAUAGCUGCAAAUCAAACUUAUCAAUGGAAUAAUGACCAACAACAACGAAUAGCAUUGACCAAUUCAUUUGGUUUUGGUGGUACGAAUGCUACGUUGGUCAUUUCAAAUUUUAUUCAAUAACAUCAUCAUCAAAUCAAACUAAUAAAGUCGAAUUUUCAUUCACAUUUUUGUUUACCA